GUGCUCUGUUUCCGGAGGUGCUUCUAUCCUACUGAAGCGAUGAGGCGUUCUGCUGCUCCUAGACGCGUUCUUGGAUUACAACCCGCGACAAAACAAGGCCGGACCGAUGUACUUCCUAGUCAUGAAGGCGACAGCGCUUCUGUCGCUAGAACUGUGACCCAGACCCACUCCGAAAACACGCCCGUUUAUUCUAACCCUACGCCGACUUAUGUUGAGGUUGUUUAUGCAAAAGCUUCCACAAAAAAGAGUGAAACAAAUCGUCUUCACAGGAUCGCCUCUACGUCUGGUCACAAGUGGAUUUAUCUGAAUGCCUUAGAGGAAGGUUCCCUGAUCAAAAUAGGGUCUUAUGAAGCCGAGUUGCUUAAUUUCAUUCCUCCAGGGAUCUAUUCUGAGAGAACGGGAAAGUCCGUUGACAAACGGGGAGUUGUUACAUGCGAGGAUACCUCUUCGUCUGCACCCAUCCCUGGGGCGGUAGGGAUUGCUGUAGAAAAUCCGAAUAAACAUGAUUUUGAUGCCCCAACCUUGCCUUCCCGGACACUCCUGUGUAGAUCGGACAUGAGUUCUCUUACAGAGAACACUACUGUUCACCACCCUGGCGCACUGCUGAUGCCACGACCUCCAGCUGAUUGUGUGUGGACUCAAAACCCAGAUGGAUUGCCUAUUAUGGACGUCGCUCUUGAUCCACGAUUCACCAGCCGCCUCCGGCCGCACCAAAAGGAGGGCCUCGUCUUCUUGUAUCAAUGCAUAAUGGGCUUUUCGAGUAAAGCCCUACCUUCUAAUUCCCUAUCGAGCGUACUGUCCGACACAUACGAACCGGUUGAAAACGGUCCUAUUUACGGAUGCAUCUUAGCGGAUGAAAUGGGCCUCGGUAAGACUGUCCAAACCAUCGCACUGUUGUGGCUACUGUUGAAACAAGGACCAUAUGGCGGACGUCCAGUCGUUCGUCGUUGUCUCAUUGUCACUCCAAGUACACUUAUCCAGAACUGGGCCAAAGAAUUCUCUAAGUGGCUUGGCCGCGAACGUCUCCCAUUUUACUGUGUUGGACAGACGGCCACAAUCAAGAAUUAUCUGGCACAACAACACCCUCCGUCGGUCAUCAUCAUGUCCUAUGAAAUGCUUCUGCAACACUCAUGUGAAGUCCAGUCCAUUCCGAAUCUCGAUAUGGUUGUCUGUGAUGAGGGACACAGGCUCAAAAAUUCUGGCAUUCACACUUCUUUGGUUCUGCGACAGUUACCCUGUCGGCGCCGUAUGAUCAUCACUGGGACACCAGUCCAAAACAACUUAGAAGAGUUAUGGUCGUUAGCGGAAUUCUGUGCCCCAGGUAGGCUAGCAGAGAGUCAGGAAGCCUUCCGUCGGGAGUUUAUUCAUCGUCGAAAGGCCUCUGAGGACCCAGGAGCUGGUUGGGAUGAAGAGAAUAGUCCGCAUCCAAAGCUUUCUAGCCUUCUGAGCACGUUUCUUCUAAGGCGUACGACCGAGGUGAUGCGACCUGAACUUACCAGCAAGAGCGAAUUCAUUGUGUUCUGUAGCCCAAGUUCGUUGCAGUCGAAGCUGGAGAAGGUUGUUGUUCAAUGGGUUCAGCGCGAGCUGGACAUGGAGCAGUUACCUGCGGAUAUGUCGAUAGAUUUAUCGGACGAUAGUGCCGAACGGGAGGAUAAGGAGAAUGGUGGAUUGUGCAGUAACAACAAUACUGUCCAAGGGACAGGUAGUUGGAUCCUCUGCAUGGUUACGGCACUUCGCAAACUCUACAAUCACCCAUGGUUACUUCGACAAUUUCUCACACCUGCGCCGAAAUCCAGCUCAAAAGGAAAUCAAGGCAUGCAGUUCUCCGGUGGUCGGCUACCACAUAGUCUGACCAGAGAACUUUUAACGUUGCUUGAUGAGUCGCCUGGUCUACGGAGUUCAGCCGGUUUGAAGACGACAGGUUUUGAUGUCAGUGCUAUUUCGGAUUCCGGUAAACUAAACGUUCUGGACCAUAUGCUGCGUCAACUGUUUGGGCGCUCAAAUGGAACAAACUCUUCCACCAAGAAUGCAUCAAAACACCGGCUAGUGCUGGUGUCGAAUUUCACGCAAACUUUGGAUUUAUUGGAGAUGGUGUGUUUCCGGGUGACAGGAAGACGUCCACUUCGUCUGGAUGGCCAAACGCCGAAUAAGCGGAGACUGGAAAUCGUGGAACAGUUGAAUGAUCUAAACUCUCGCGAACGUGUACUACUGCUAAGCUCCCGCGCUGGUGGCACUGGUCUUAAUCUGGUCGGUGCAGAUCAUCUCAUACUUUAUGAUAUGGAUUGGAAUCCAGCGAAUGACGCCCAAGCUAUGGCUCGUAUCUGGCGCCCUGGUCAAUCGCGUCCCGUGCGCUUGUACAGGCUAGUUACAGCCGGAGGCUUAGAGGAACGUAUUUUUCAACGCCAGGCUGCGAAAUUGGCCUUAUCUCAUCGUGUACUUUUGGAUCACUCUGAAUAUGAGCAGUCAAAGACACGGCAGUACGGCCCAAGACGAGCAGGAAUCCUUACACGCGAAGAGCUUCGUGAUUUGUUUCAGACACCUCCGUCAUACUGUCUUUCGUGGACACAUCACCUGAUUGGUUGCACUUGUGAUGUUGGUAGGAGCCUUAGUCCAUCUCUAUCCGAUGAUAGCACCCAAUCCACUUCACAAGAUAUGCUCAAUGAUUCUGAUGUCCGCCCAUGUCAGCUGGGUCGCUCUUCGGUAGUCUUUUCCUCUAUGCGACCAAAAGGUGAUCAAGACCAGCUAAAGUCCGUGUCCGAAGCUUUGGCGUUCUUACUUGAAUGGAAGCAUUGUCUUUCACCUUCUGCGGUGGCCCAGUUGGAUGAUCCACUUCUCUCGCAAUUUUCCACGUGUGAUCUACCCAUAAGUACGGUAUUUUAUUUAAAGUCAGACAAAACUGAUGAGUCUACUUCAGCCCCAUACAUUCGAACUUAGUAAACCCGGUUCGUUCCGUGCGCACAUUUUC